AUGAACGUCUACAAGCUGACGUGGAAAGUGUCAAAGGACACUUUGAAAAUUAUUGUGAACAAAAAUGCGGAUGCGAAAAUGCAACGAGAACUGGAAAACAGGACUAACAAAGACGAGAAUACCUUGAUUUCUCGUAGACGAGUGUUUGGGUCUUACGCAUUGGUUGGAACUCAACGAGCCGAGUAUCUUCAGUUCAAACAGGACAAAAAGCUCAGUUUAUCGGAAGCCACGCUGGAUUAUUUGUAUAGUCUCAAACAACUGCAGAACGACAAUUUGGCCAAGUUUUUUGGAAUACAGUGUAAUGAUGAUAAUAUGCCGACAUUGACAGUUUUGCACACUCUUGUUGAGAGAGGAACGCUAGAGGAAUUUUGCUUGGAUCGAGACUUUGAAAUGAACGAGACGUUCAAAUCUGCAUUCAUGAGAGAUAUGUUAAAAGGCCUCAACUAUCUUCAUAAGGGUCCAAUAGCACAUCACGGAUUUUUACAAGCCUCCACGUGUUUGAUAGAUAUCAAUUGGGUUUUGAAACUUACGUUGUAUGGAGUAUCCAAUUUUAUAUGUGAUGCGUUUGAUUCGACCAACGUCAAACUACUCGACCACGCGGCGCCCAUGAUUUCUUAUCCUCAAUAUGUGUGUUUCCCACCCGAACACAUCAAAGAGUACGACCCGACUGGAAAAUUGCCGCCACGUAUUGUACGGGGUAGUCAAAAAGGCGAUAUGUACUGUGUAGGAAUGAUUUUAUAUAUGAUGAUUGAGCGAGAAGAUCCGUUUAUGUUAAUUCAUUCUCUGGAACGACCAAAUCCAAAUCUUGUCAAGGAUAUAAUCGACAAUGGAAAGAUGCCACGUGUUGCUGACGAACACAAUCCAGAAGCAAAGCUCCUCCAAAAGUGUCAAGAGUGCUGGAACCGCAAUCCCGAAGAACGACCGGAUGUUAGGAAGAUUCUGGAAACCAUCGCAAUUGUUUAUCCUACUGCAAAAGGCAACUUGGUGGACCAAAUGAUGAAAAUGAAUGAAAAAUAUGCCGCGGAAUUAGAAGAAAUGGUAUCAAUUCGGACACAAGAUUUGGCUCUGGCACAAGUGGCAACUAUGAAACUUCUAAACGAAAUGUUGCCAGCAGCCGUGGCGGAAGAUCUAAAAAACGGAAUUGUCAGAGAACCAAGAAGUUAUGAGUCUGCAACAGUGAUGUUUGUUCAAAUAUGUGAAUUCAAUGCAUUAAUGAAGAAGAGCACUCCAAAUCAGACCAUAAUGUUCUUGAAUGACGUGUUUGAUCAAUUCGACAACGUUAUCAAAAAUCAUGAUGCUUACAAAGUGGAGACCACAGGAGAAACCUAUAUGGUAGCAUCCGGCGUGCCUGAAGAGAAUGAAGGACGGCAUGUGUAUGAGAUUGCGGAGAUGAGUCUGGAGAUUCGUGAAGUUUCUUAUCGCUAUAAAUUGUCUUAUAAUCCGUCUUACGUGCUCCGCGUCCGCAUUGGUUUCCAUAUGGGACCUAUCGCUGCUGGUGUCAUUGGCAUCCGUUCUCCACGUUACUGCCUUUUUGGAGACACUGUCAAUUUUGCCUCCAGAAUGCAAUCAAACAGUGCCCCGAAUCAAAUUCAAACUAGCGAGAUUACGGCUAACUUGUUGAUGGCGUCGAAAAUGUACACUUUCAAGAAAAGAGGCUAUGUUCAUGUCAAGGGAAAAGGUGAUGUCAAAUGCUUCUGGCUCAACCAGCAUGUUCAUGAGGGAGAGAAUGGGGAACCGCCGCUGACCCACUCUGUCCAAAUGCCAAGUACAUCAUCAGAAAUCAAAGGAGUGGACGAGACAGCUAUAAUGCAUCCGCUUCGCAAAGUUUGA